CAAAAACCCUAAUUCAAUGCAACAGUUCUCUCACUCUUACCCUCCAUGUUUCCGUCACCAAUUCUCCGAUCAACCCACCGAUGAACUCUCCGACAACGAUAACCACCACACCCACGAACAAGAUCCACUUCCAUCCAUAGAUCUUCACCAAAUUAACCUCAAGAAACUCGAGGAAGCGUGUACUGACUGGGGAAUAUUCCGGCUGGUGAACCAUGGGAUCCCUUCGGGUUUGUUGUCGGAGCUUCACGAACAUGCGGUUCGUAUGUUUGGACUUGAAUUCGAGUCCAAACAAAAGUUGUUUGAAUCGGUUCCGUUGUCUGCAAUGUCGUACUUUUGGGGCACCCCGGCUAUUACUCCAGCCGGGGUGCCUCUUCUUGCCUUAUGCAAGGAGAAAGGGAUAGUGAAUUAUAAUUGGGUUGAAGGGUUGAAUAUUCCGUUGAGUCAACCCUCUAAGGUUGACCUUGUUCACCAACCACUGUUACGUGAUUUCAGGAGUUUAUCAGAAAGUUAUGGGGUCCAUCUAGAAAGGUUAGCAAAGUCAAUAUUUGGUGCAAUGUCACAAAAUCUAGAAUUGUCUGAAGACAAUGAAUGCUACUUGUCACCAUCAACGGGACACUUGAGAGUGUAUAGGUAUCCAAGGUGUUGUUUUGACAACCAACCAAAAGUAUGGGGGAUGGAUGUGCACACUGAUAGUUCUGUGGUGACAAUUUUGAAUCAGUUUGAAGUUGGAGGGCUUCAAGUUCUUUCUCCCAAAGAUACUUGGAUUGAUGCUAAGCCUAUUCCCAACACUCUUAUUGUUCAUCUUGGUGACAUGAUGCAGGCAAUAAGCAAUGACAAGUACAAGAGUGUGAAGCAUAGGGUGUUGGUGAAUAGAGAAAAAGAACGUUUUUCAAUGGGCUACUUUGUGUUCCCGGCAGAUGAUUGUGUGAUCCGGAGCCCAAACUACAAGCCCUUUACAUAUCCAGAUUUUAGGGCCCAAGUCCAACAAGAUGUCAAAACCUUGGGCCUAAAGGUUGGACUGUCAAGAUUUAAGCUCAAUGUGGACUUUUAAAUGGGCUACUUUGCUCUCAUCCUUGUUUGAACUCAUUUUUUGCAUGUUCUUCAAAGUUCAAACACCAUAAUACCAUAUCCUCUUUCUCUGUUAAAGAUGCAUUUUGGUGGCUA